AUGCCAAACCUUAGUGACAUUCCGCUGAACAUCAGCUCGCAGUGCCAGUGGGACCACUGGAGCGCUCUGCGCGUAACGGAGCGGCUGCCCAGAGCCGAGCACCUUUUCCAUCUCAUCAUCCCUUUCGCCCCGGCAGUGCCUGCGCUCCUCUGCCUUUUUCUUCUCCUGACUCUCUUCUCUCUGUUAGCCAAUCUGUUCACCGCCUACAUCAUCCACACCUCCGAUGACCUGUCCUGGCUGCCGCGCUUCGUCCUCUGCAAGAGUCUGAUACUGAGCGACCUCCUGCAGACCGUCACCAUCGCUCCGGCGGUCAUCUACUCGCUGAUCCAACACCGGACGAUGGCGUCCAGCUCUUGGUGUUACUUCCAGUACGUUGCUGGAGGAGCCAGCAUCUUCUCCAGCCUCACCACAAUCACCUGCAUGGCGCUGGAGCGCUACCUGUUCGUGUGCUUUGCGCUGCAGUACACGGUGAUGGUCACUCAGGAGCGCGUGAGGAAGGUCCUGCUCCUCAUUUGGGUCUACUCUGUUUCCAUCGGCCUCAUCAGCUUGACUCUGCUGUGCAAAGGAAGGAGAGAGGAGGCCGCUCAUGUCACCAUGGGGCUGAUGUGUGAGCCGGACAUGAUGGAGCAGCACAUGGGUUCUCCGCGCGCUGCAGCCGUCUUCAGGAAGGCCAUGGGCAACCUGACCCUGCUGCUGUGCCUGCUGGCCCACGCCUUCUCCUACUUCAGGAUGUAUCGCAACGCGAGCAACGCGGUGGUUCCGUUUAAUGAGAGCAACACCGCGGCGCGCAGGACCGUCCUGUUCUACUGCGGGAUGCUGCUCCUGCAGCUGCUCCCGCUGCUCGUUAAGGUCGCCUCGGACGCGCUUUGGGAGUUCAGAGGCACCGGCGCCAUGGAGCUGUCCUCAGAGCCCCGGGGGGGCUGCCAACCCGGCCCCUCCGGCACCGCCGCGGUGUUCCACAUGUCCCUGCUCACCAUGCUGCUGGUGCCGCCGUGCCUUAACCCACUGGUGUACGGGCUGAGGAGCGUGGAGUUCAGGAAGGCGCUGGCGAAGCGGUUCCGCGCGCGCGCGCAGAACAGAGGCGACGUGGAGCAGCCGCGGGAGAUGAUGCGCCUCAGGAACGUUGUUCAUCCGCACCUUCCUGAGGCGGGUUAG